GAGGCUGCACCUCCAGAAUAUCUGAGAGAUCUCAACAGCACCUCCUCUUCAAUGUGAGGACAUCACGGCUUUGUCGCUUCCAUAACCAGCGCGUCUGAAACUCUCCUCCCUUUUCGCGGAGGGAGAGGCUUCUGCACCGGUUCUGCACCGGUUCUGCACCGGCUUCUCCUCCUCAGCUCCGCGCACAUCUCCAGUCGUGACGGACGCAUCGCUCCUGAUUAAGAUUCCGCAGCUGAACAGCGUCCAGGUUCUCAGUUGGUUCUGUUGGUUCGGACUAAGGAGACUCCGCGGGGGACUCGCUGUCGGAUUGGACCAAGUUUAAACAGAAAAGGACUUUUACAAUGACAGCCACGAAGGAGCAGCAGCCUCAGAGACCGAACCAGCCGCAGCAAGAUGAGGACCUGGGCGGGGUUAGUCCUCCUCAGAGGAACUGGAAGGGCAUCGCCAUUGCUCUGCUGGUCAUCCUGGUGGUCUGCUCCCUGAUCACCAUGUCUGUCAUCCUCCUCACACCAGUCGACAGCCAAGCUGGAAGUGACACCAAACUGACUGUGGAGGAUUUGUUCAAACCUGAGUUCAAGGUGCAUGACCCAGAGGCCAAAUGGAUCAAUGAUUCUGAAGUCAUCUAUAGGAACAGCGACGGCCACGUCAUCAAGUUCAACAUCUUCACAAACGAGACUGAAAUAAUCCUGACCAAUGCAACGUUUGUGAAUUUCAACGUGGCGAAGUAUUCUGUGUCUCCUGAUCUGAAAUAUGUGCUGUUUGCCUACGAUGUGAAACAGGUUUACCGCCACUCCUACAUGGCCUCCUACAGCAUCUACAACAUCCACACACGGGAGGUUUGGGAGCUGGACCCUCCUGAGGUGGUGAAUUCAGUCCUGCAGUACGCUGCUUGGGGAGUUGCAGGCCAACAACUGAUCUACAUAUUUGAAAACAACAUCUACUACCGCUCUCAUGUGAAGAGCAGCUCCCUCCGGCUCACAUCUUCAGGAAAGGAAGGAGUUAUCUUCAACGGAAUCGCAGACUGGCUGUAUGAAGAGGAGAUCCUGCAGACCCACGUGGCCCACUGGUGGUCUCCUGAUGGGGAGAGGUUGGCCUUCCUGGUUCUCAACAACACUUUGGUCCCAAAUAUGGUUUUACCUCGCUUCACUGGCACAACGUACCCAAAACAAAAGCAGUACCCCUACCCCAAGGCCGGCCAACCCAACCCAGCGGUGAAGCUCUACGUUGUCAAUAUUUACGGGCCGACGCACACGCUGGAGCUGAUGCCUCCAGAGACGCUGAAGCUGCGGGAACAUUAUGUGACCAUGGUGAAAUGGAUCAGUAAGACCAAGACGGCAGUGAGGUGGCUGAACCGGGCCCAGAAUGUCUCCAUCUUGACCGUGUGUGACACCACCACCGGAGCCUGCGUUACGAGACAUGAAGAAAGCUCGGAGCUCUGGCUUUCAAAGCAGAACCAAGAACCCGUGUUCUCCAAGGAUGGUACCCGAUUCUUUCUGACUGUCCCGGUGAAACAAGGAGGACGGGGAGAGUUUCAUCACAUCGCCAUGUCCACAACACAGUUCAGAGAGGAUCAGAACGAGGUCCGACAUCUAACCUCAGGGAACUGGGAGGUGACCAGGAUCAUCGCCUACGAUGAGAACUCCGAUAACCUUUAUUUCCUGAGUACAGAGGGCUCACCACGGAGACGGCAGCUUUACAGUGUUAAAACUGUGGGUCUGUUCCCACGAAGGUGUUUAACCUGUGAGCUCAGUAAAGCCCAUUGUCUGUACUUCGGCGCCGACAUCAGCCCCUCCAACCAGCACGUUCUGCUCCACUGUAAAGGUCCAGGAGCACCAACUGUGAUCUUACACAGCCUCAACAACUCCAAUUAUUACAUCCUGGAGAACAACUCUUUGCUGAAGGCAGUUCUGAAGUACAAACGGAUCCAGCUGAUGGACUUCAGAACCGUUCCAGUAGAGCAUUUUGAUUUACCGCUACAGAUUUUUUAUCCACUGGACUUCUCUGAGUCCCAUCACUAUGGACUCCUGUUGAUGAUUGACAGCGCCCCUGGUGGUCAAUCUGUGAGUGACCGUUUCUCUCUGGGCUGGGACUCGGUGCUGGUCAGUUCCGACAGCGUCAUCGUGGCCCGUUUGGACGGCCGGGGCAGUGGCUUCCAGGGUCAGAGGAUCCUGCAUGAAGUCCACCAGAGACUGGGAACAGUUGAUGUUCAGGACCAGAUCGCUGCAGUGGAAUACAUGAUGAAAUUUCCAUAUAUUGAUCGAACACGGAUAGCGGUGUUUGGAAAGGGUUAUGGAGCCUACCUGACCUUAAUGAUGCUGAAGUCUACAGACAGCUUGUUUAAAUGUGCGUGCGCCAUGUCGCCAGUGACUGACUGGAAACUCUACGCGUCGGCGUUCUCUGAGCGAUACCUCGGCAUGCCGUUACGGGACGACAGCAGGUAUCAGUUCUCCAGUUUGCUGCAGAACGUCCAGGCUCUACGAGAGCAGACGCUGAUGCUGGUGCACGCCACAGCAGAUGCCAACAUCCACUUCCAGCACACUGCUGAGCUCGUCAAGAACCUGGUGAAAGUUGGAGCAAACUACUCCAUGCAGAUCUACCCUGAUGAAGGUCACUUCCUGUCCCUGCAAAGCCGCCAGCACCUCUACGCCACACUGAGCAGCUUCUACCGGGAGUGUCUAAAGGAGGAGCUACUACCACUGCCUGAUGAAGAGGAGGAAGAAGAGGAGUAAGCGUGAGGCUUGAAGAUUUUUACUAAAAUCCAUCGAAGCCUUUUGAGUUUGGACCGAGUGUUUAGCCUGAUUUGGACGCAGUGAUGGAGCUGCUGAAGCUCUUACAGUUUGAAGCACUUCGUUGUGUGAAUGUAUAAAUAUGUUGAAAUGAAGGACACCACAGAGACACUGCUGGGCUGCAGCUGACAGCUGCUCACUAGCAUCAAGUUAUUCUAGUUCUGGGACACUCACGUUCUCAGCAAAGCACACAGAUACCUUUCCAAGUUUGUUCCAGGUUCCUCAGACUGCAGCCAUCCACACCUAACCCAUGUCAGUCUGCUGGGAGGCGGCGCCCGGUGUGACAUCAAUGUUUCAUCCAUCACUGCACGACUCCACCACCUGGAGAACAGAGGUCCACCUGACACUUUCACCCAACGGAAACCAUCUCAUUUUACUGGACAUCAUGUUAGACCAUCAUGGCCUUCUGAGAUCCCUGGCAUCAUUCAUCAGCUGUGUCACAUUAAAGGGAUAGUUCACCUGAUUUAACAUAGGUUGUGUCUCAGAGCAGACCGAGCUUUUACCUUCUGCAGAGGCAUGGAGAUUUGUGAUGGGAAAUCAGAGAAGAAUCCAGUUUAAACACCUCAAACUUUAGCAGAAGCUCAUGCUGAUACAUCUGAAGGUUUCACUGCAGAACCUGAGAGGAGCAGAUGAUCAGAUCACAGGUUGACUUGUCAGAAGUUCCGACUGAAACUUUCAGACUCAAACAGACAUGUUCUGUUGGACUUUAACUGCUGGGUCAUCAACUAAAGAACGUCUGGUUGGAGAAGGUUUAAGUUUCAUUAAUCUAAAAACCAACCCUGAAUAAAUUCCCUAAAGUAAAGCUGCAAAUCAUAACUGAGUCGUUUGGCCUUUAGUGACUUAAUGAGCCCAGUUCCAGAACCAAAUGUCCAGUUUAAAGAUGGAUUGUAAAGACAGAAACCAGCAGUGACCACUGCACACAAAACCAGAAUGCUACUAGCUAAUAAUAAUAAUAAUAAUAAUAAUGUACAUCGUGGUUGGGCCACGAGCUUUAAUCUGUAAAAUGUCUGAAAACAGAAAUGUUUUAGAUGAAAACAAUAGAAAUAACUUUUGUUGUUUAAUUUAGUUUUUUCAGAGAAUCUUUAAAGUCACUAAAAUGUUUAUUUCAUUUGUUUUCUAUAAUUGUUUUGUGUAUAUAAAACAGACGGUUCAAUAAAAAGGAAACUUUUAUAGUUAAGGAACAAAAACAGUUUUUAACUCAAUGAGAAAACCUUUAAAUAACAGAUUGUAAUAGAUUCCCUAAUGGGGUCGUAGGUCACAACGUUGCAUGCUGCUAUAAUAGUCGUUAUGAUGUUUAGGUGCUGGAGAACAACUGGUCUCACUGAUCAGCAGGAACCGCCUCAACAACACGCAUCCCUGGUCCUCAACACACAGAUCUUCCACAGGAGCGAGAUGCACGCCUCAUUUAGACAGAAAUAAACGUGUUUGAGAUCAAGUGUUGUUAGAACUUCAUGGCAGCUUCCUGAAACUCAACCUGCGAGAACAGAAAAUGUUCUCGUACAGAAACCCCUGUGGAGACAAACUCUCAGUCCUGCAGGGCAGUUAACCCUCAGCUAUGGUCAGAUAUGGAUCAGGAACCCAGAAACAAACAGCCAAAAUGAGCUUUCUCCGUAGGGUCACUGGACUCAGUGUUAGGAGCUCCGUCAUCCAAGAGAAGCUCAAAGUAGAGGUGCUGCUCCUUUUUAUGGAGAUGGUUCAGGAGGCCUCCUGAGUGUCUCCCUUUGGAGGUUUCCCAGAGCAGAGCGAAAACUCACUGGAUGAACUACAGGGGUUGGACAAUGAAACUGAAACACCUGUCAUUUUAGUGUGGGAGGUUUCAUGGCUAAAUUGGACCAGCCUGGUAGCCAGUCUUCAUUGAUUGCACAUUUCACCAGUAAGAGCAGAGU